AUGAGUUGGGGAAACCAGUCAGUGUUGGUGGAGUUCACGUUCCUGGCCUAUCCCUCCUGCCCAAAGCUGCGUGUGGUGUGCUUCCUGGGAGUCACCCUGGCUUAUGCACUGAUCAUCACUGGCAAUGUCCUUAUCAUGGUGUCCAUCCAGAUAGAAGCUCGCCUACACAUACCCAUGUACUAUUUCCUGGGCAGCCUCUCAGGGAUAGAAGUUUGCUACACUGCUGUGGUGGUGCCCCACAUCCUGACCAACACCCUGCAGUCAGAGAAGACCAUCACCCUCCUGGCCUGUGCUACUCAGAUGGCUUUCUUCAUUGGACUUGGCAGUGCCGAUUGUUUCCUCCUGGCUGCUAUGGCUUAUGACCGAUAUGUUGCUAUCUGUCACCCCUUGCAGUACCCUCUGAUCAUGACUAUGACUCUUUGUAUACGCCUGGUUGUGGCAUCUGUGGUCAUUGGUUUGUUCCUGUCCUUUCAACUGGUGGCCUUCAUCUUCUCUCUGCCAUUCUGCCAGUCUCGGGGUAUCAAGCACUUCUUUUGUGAUGUUCCACCAGUCAUGAGUCUUGUGUGUGCCAGCAGCCACAUCCAUGAGCUCUCAGUGCUGGUGGCAGCCACACUAGCCAUCGCUGUGCCUUUCUGCCUCAUUGCAGCCUCCUAUGCCUUGAUAGUCUUUGCACUGCUGAAGGUGCACUCAGCAGCCGGCCGCCGCAGGGCCUUCAGCACCUGCUCCUCCCACCUCACCGUGGUACUGCUGCAGUACGGCUGCUGCGCUUUCAUGUACCUGCGCCCUGUCUCCAGCUACCAACCCAAGCCAGAUCAGUUCAUCUCACUGGUGUACACACUGGGGACACCACUGCUCAACCCCCUCAUCUACACACUGAGGAACGGUGAGAUGAAAGGGGCCAUAGGGAAAACUCUUACCAGGAAUUGCCUCUCCUCCAAGAGCUAG